ACAGAGACAACUUUUAGUCUGUUGUGGUCUGACUAGACAAUGUCUGAAAACAAAAGCCAAACUCCUGUUGCUGACACCACAGAGAGCAGGGAACAUGCACAGCAGAAUUUGGUGAGCAGGGUGGCCAACUUGCUUUUAGUCAGCUCUGCCGGUGAUCUGGUUUCAAUGGCCUACACCUCUACCAAAGAGAGCCACCCCCACAUCAGAUCUCUGUGUGAUGUGGCAGCUAAAGGAGUGAAAACUAUGACUGAAGCUUCAAUCAACUGUGCACAGCCAGUUCUGACUAAACUUGAACCUCAGAUUGCAGCAGCAAAUGAAUUUGCCUGCAAAGGACUGGAUACGCUGGAGGAGAAGCUGCCAAUCCUUCAACAGCCAACUGAUGAGGCUUUUUUGGAUGCCAAAGAGUUGGUGACAGGUACCAGGGAUGCCAUGAACAGCAAAGUGACUGAGGUGCUGGACAAGACCAUGCAGGCAGCAAAAUCAGCAGUAACCAGUGGCAUGAUCACAGUCAUGGGCUCCAGAGUGGGGCCUGUGGCUGUGAGUGGAGCAGAAGCCAUGCAGGGGAAAUCAGUAGACCUGGUGGAUCACUCCCUCCCCCUCACAGAUGAACUAGCUAAACUAGCAGCAUCUGUGAAGGGGUUUGAGGUGGCUUCUGUGGAACAGCAACAGAAGUACUUUGUACGUCUGGGGUCUCUGUCCACUGAACAACGCCAGCACGCCUACCUGCAGUCUGUGAGCAAAGUGAGACUGCUCCAUCAGAGUAUGCAGGAGAACCUCUCUCACCAUCACACCAUUGACCUGAUUGAGACUGUCAAGGAGAGUGUGGGUAAGAAAUUACACAAGGGUCAGCAGAAGCUACACCAGUUAUGGCUGGAGUGGACUAAGAAGGAGCUUGCAGUAGACAAGAAGGAGCUUGCAGUAAUUGACAAUGGUUAUGCACAGCCAGAGCAGGCGGAUACCCUGGUUCUGGCCAUGUCUUGGAGAAUCACCCAGCAGCUGCAGACCAUAUGCUUGAACCUAGUGAUUCUAGUCCAAGGCUUUCCUACCAGUGUUCAGGACAAGAUGCAGCAGGCUCAUCACAACCUACAAGAGGUCCAUGCUGUCUUCUCCAAGGCCAGCUCCUUCCAAGACCUGUCAAUCUGUAUCCUGACCUGCAGCAAGCAGAAGCUGCUCAAGGCCCAGGAGUAUAUGGAUGAACUAUUUGAAUAUGUGGUGCAUAAGGCUCACCUAUCCUGGCUAGUGGGGCCCUUUACUCUCUGUGGCAGAACCUCUGCAGAAUUGUACCACCAGGAAGAUCGCAGGGCAGAGAUAGAUUAGAGAACCCUGCUAGCAUUCUUGUCAAACACAAGCAUUACUUUUCUAGUCAUAAGGCAGCUGAAGGGGGAAGAAUAACCUGGUGUCACAUAGAAUUGCAGCUCUCCUCCAAGAGGAGGCUGAAAGUCCACCUAUCCAAGCCUACUAUAGAAUCCUAGUGCUGCAUAAUCUUGCAGGAAAUCAACUGAAGUGGUAUUGAUGAGCCGUAUGGGCUCUGAACUACAUUUCCCUCACCCACACUUACCCAAUGCCAUGGAUUAGAUAAGACCCCUUAAGCUGGAAUGUCCCUUAGUGUUUAGUCUUGA